UGUAAUGAUAAUUUUUUUUAAUGUAGUGACAAUGGAUGAAAAAGAUAAAGCUCAGCACAACAUGAUAUCCAAUUUACCACUUCUGUUUGCUAACGGAUAUCCGACAUCCCUGGAGAAAAUAACGGAGCCGCAACUAGAAAACUUUAUUCCAUUCAUGGUGCAGUGCUCAUUAGGACAUAUAAACUUACCAAAGAAAGUAGAUUGCAGUGAACCAGAAUGGUGGCCCGAAAAUGCGCCAUUCGAAAUUCCGUUGAAGAAGCCGAAAGCGUUUGUUGGGAAUUGGAUGGAGAAGAUGAAAGAGAUUGUGGUUAUUUGCUAUCAAUUCCACAAAAGCCUUUUCCUAUUAAGAUUUUGUAACGAUUUAGCUGCUUACGAGCACGCUAGCUUGAGAUUUAUAAACAAUUAUAAUUCAACGACAUCAUUGUAUGACAGAAGAAACAACAAAUUGCUGGUUACAUUUCGCAAUGAAAAUAUGUCGUAUGACAGACAGCAAAAGAAGAAAUGCUUGUUGCUGCAAAAGAACAACAACAGUUCAUUAAAUGAAAAUUCACAACAUAUGAUGGUUGAGCCACCACCCUUUGAUAUUUAUCUGUGCGACAACUGUGAUGCUGAACUUUAUUCAAAAGAAGCUAUACUGGAACACGAAAAUAUCUGUUGCAUGGAAGACGAUGUUAUACUUUGUGAUUCGCCAGAGCCAGCAGAUAACAACAAAUGCGAAGGAAAAAAUGAGGAUGACGAACAGCGCAACGCCUUUCUGCUGAACUUUGGCCUGCAAUCUAAGUUUUCCGACGCAAGCUGCUUAUCGAAUGAAAAGCAAAAAACACACUCAUUCAGUGAAGAAACGUCAACGGAAACAUCGAGUAGGAGCCGACGAUUGCCGUCACGAAGGAAUCGCACAGUUCAUUCGUUCAGUCGAUGCUCGUUUAUCCCAAUAUCAUCACCUGCGGGUCAGCAAUUGUUAAAGACGACGAAGCAAACAAUAUCGAUGGAAUAUAUUUCGGAAAGGCAGGAGCGCUUGGAUCGAUUUUGUUAUACGCCCUUAAUAACUAAAUCAAACACAUCAAGGCAAAAGAUUUUCGAAAAGAAAUCUGGCAGCACGAACGUUCAUUGUACAUUUAAGAAAUCGCAUGAACACAAUUUUCACAUUUAUUCAUUUCCGCGACGUCAGUUUGUUAAACGCCGGGAUACUACUGAGAAUUUCUUGUUUUUGAACUCGCCGCUAAUCAAGCAAUGCCGUCCAAUUUCAGUUAGAUUGAAAAAGAUAUCGGAACAACAGAUGAUGAUGGAGGAGCAAAGCCAGGCUGCUGCAAAUACAAAACUAAAUAUAAGACUAACUCGCCACAAUUCGCUCAAUUCGCACUGGAGGAUCUCGCCAUCGAGCGAAGUAGUUGUCGACACGAUUGACUUGUGCUCAUCGGAAGACGACGAUGAUGAUGAAAGUAGUACUAAAGUGCUUGGCUCCGAUGCGCUAACUAUAAUCAAACUAACACAUAACAACAACAACAACAACAACAAUAGGAAGUCUAACAGGCGAACCAAUGACUCAAGCAAAUGUCCCCCUGAGCCAGAAACAGCCUUAGCUCCAGAAAACGGUUCGGUUAAGCCUUUGCAGCAGUCGUUAUACAUUUUUUCAAAUUAUAAGGCUAACUCAGUAUUUAGUCGUUGCUCUGUUGACACAAUUACAAAUCGUUCAUUGGUUAGCUCUCUAGCCACAUCGAAUACCUUUACUGACACGCAGGAGCAGCACAGAAAGGAAUACAAUCAAGAAAAUUGCAAUUUUUCCAAGAAAUUGGUCCGACUUACAGACUGGUACGCCCACUCGGCGGCGGCGGCGGCGGCUAAUACGGAGAAAAGCCCAUCAAACCCGAUCACUACUGAAAGUAGUAGUACGUUUGACACUAUCUCCUCGGCAGUUCAGCCGUUCAAUAGCACGGGGCGAAUAAUUUCCAUUGAUUUAACAUCAUAGAUCUAUUCUUAAUCUAAUAGUUAAGUUACUAAAUUGUUAUUUUGCGCAGGAUAAAAAUUAAAAUCUAGAAUUACUAUACUUGAA